UUAACGUUAAUAUAGGAGUAGUUAAAUAAUGCAUUUGCAUUUCAAAAGAAGGUGAUCGAUUAAUUCAUCCACUGAUCCUCAAGCAGCAGCAGUGCAGCUAGGAUCCCAUUCCCAUGGAGGCGGCGGACGCUGCCGACUCCGUGCUGCACGGCGACCUGCUGGAGUGCGUGCUGCUGCGCGUGCCGCACGGCGAGCUCACCGCGUCGCCCGCGCUCGUGUCGCGGGAGUGGCGCCGCGCCGCGCGCGAGGCGCACCAGCGCCACCGCCGGCGCCGGCGGCACCUCCCCUGCCUCGUGGCGCACGUCCACGGCGCCGCCGCUGGCGUCGGCCGCUCCACGCACGUGUACGACCCGCGCGCCGGGGCGUGGGCCUCCGAUGGGUGGCGCGUCGCCGGGGCGCUCCCCGUCCGGCGGUGCGCCUGCGCCGGCGGCGACCGCGUCUACGCGCUCUCCCUCGCGUCCAUGGCCGUCUCCGAGGACGCGGUCGGCGCCGCGUGGCGCGAGCUGCCGCCUCCGCGGGUGUGGCGUGUCGACCCGGUCGUGGCGGCGGUGGGUCCCCACGUGGUCGUGCUCGGCGGCGGGUGCGGGGCGACGGCGGCCGCGGGCGUGGUGGAGGUUCUUGACGAGGGUGCAGGGUGGGCGACGUGCCCGCCGAUGCCGGCGCCGUUGGCGUCGAGGUGGGUGUCAUCCGCCGCCUCGGAGCGGCGGGUGUACGUGGUGGAGAGGCGAACGGGGUGGGCGAGCUGGUUCGACCCGGCGGCGAGGCAGUGGGGGCCGGCGCGCCAGCUCCAGCUGCCCGAGGGCAACAACACCGCCUCCGUCGAGUCAUGGGCGGCCUGCGGCGUGACAACGAGCGGCGGCGGAGGCGCCAGCGAGCGCCUCCUCGUGCUGGCCGGAGGCGGCGGCGGCAAAGUCUCGCUCUGGGGCGUGGACGGCGACACGCUGCUGCUGGACGCCGAGGCGAACAACACAUCGAUGCCGCCGGAGAUGUCGGAGAGGCUCGGCGGCGCCGGCAGCAUUGCCGCGGCCGCGGCCGGCGCGGCGAGCGGGUACGUGUACAACGCGUCGGAGCCGAGCAAGGGGGCGGUGAGGUACGAGCUCGUGGACGCUGAGGUUGGUGGCGGCCAUGGCAGUUACAGUGACAGUGACAGCAAGAACGGUCGCCAUGAGAAGACGUGGGGGAAACGUAGCAGUGGCGGUAGUAGGUGGGAGUGGGAGUGGUUGCCGUGUCCGCCGGCAGCUGCUGCAGCCAUGUCGACGUCGUCCUCCGCCGUCGUCGUCUUUGCGUGUUGCGGAUCAUCGUCGGCUCCAAACAAAUGAUGUUAUCUACUCCUAUUGCUCCGUGCAUGUAUGUACAGUACGCCAUCUAAUGAUGUUAUGAUGAAAUGAGAUGGUGAUUGGUUAAUUAGUGCUCAAUAACUGUUUCUUACCGGCCGUUCAAACAAGAACAAGAUUUCAUGGGUCGGGCCAACCAAAUUUGACCAGCUUGAUACUUGUUAGGUGUUGCUGGUCAGACAAAGACCAAAGAGAUCGUAGUUUA